AACUAACAAAUAUACAAAAUGCCUAGAAGAUCAUCAUCAUCAAGUAGAACAUCAAGCUCAAGAAGUACAGCAACAGCACAAAGACCCGCAUAUUAGCCCACUAGACCAGUUUAAUAACCACCCGUAUAAUAAUAAAAAUCUGGUGGUAUUUUCUCAGGUUUAGGAAGUACCCUUAUGACAGGAAUGGCUUUUGGGGCUGGUUCUGAAGUAGCACAUUAAGCAAUAAGAUCAGUAAUUGGAGGAGGUUCUGGUCAUGGACAAUAAUAGGUUGAAUAAUAAUAACAACAAUAAUAAUAAUACCAAUAACCAUAAUAAUAAUUAUGUGGAGAUGAAACUUAAAGUUUUACUAAUUGUUUAAAGAAUUAUUAAGAAAUCUCUAUGUGUCAAACUUAUAUGGAUAUUCUUAAGGAAUGUUAAAAAAGAAACAUUUGA